CAACAUCAAAGACCGUUUUAAGGUCAAUAACGAUGGACUAGUCAAACUUUGAGCAUGUACCGUUGUUAUCACUACUUGUUUAAUAUAUUUCUAUGGGUUGUCUUGGGCGAACCUUAGAAUGCAGUUUCGGUGCUUCUCCGUGUUUUCUGUGUUGUGUGAAAAAUUCCAGAGAAUCGACCACUACACGGCUCACCUAUACACUUAUUCUUAUAUUUAUAACAUUCAUAUCAACUGCAUCGCAUGAAGGUGGAGUCCUAAGUUCCCUGUAUUCAAAAUAUGUAGUUAAUUUUGACUGGUUUUGCGAUAAGAUCGGAGCUGGCGAAGGAUGUUACCGACUUAUAGGAUAUAUUGGUGUUUAUCGCAUUUGUCUAUCUCUGUUCACAUUUCACAUCCUAAUGACAUUUUUAACUAUUGCCGUUUCCUCUAGUCAGACUUUCCGGGGAAAAAUUCACAAUGGGUACUGGUUGUGGAAAAUCUUUUUUAUUGUCAGUUUGUGGAUAACCGCUUACUUAUUUCCAUCUUUGGAAAAGCUCACCAGAGUUUGGAUGAUUAUUGGAAUUGUUGGUGGAAUGUUAUUUGUCUAUGUGCAACAUAUAACGCUAAUCGACUUUGCUUAUGAAAUUAAUGGAAACUGGCAUAAUAAAUCGAAAACUUCAAUAUUUUAUACAAUAGCUAUAUAUAUUGUUACUUUGUUAUUGUAUGCCGUAACUGUUUGUGCUUAUACUGCAUUUGUACUCUUCUACGGUUUACCUCGUCAAUGUACAUUAAAUUUAACUGUUACUGGUAUUAACGCAGGCCUUACAUUAUUGUUUGCUAUAUGUUCUGCAUUUUCUACUAUAUUAAGAAAAGGCCAGAUGUGGUUACCAGGUGCAAUCACUUCUGCAUUUGUAGCAUUUCUAACUUGGUCAGCUUUAGGUAGUCAACCUAGCAGUUUAUCAUCGAAUUUUCCAUGGCAAAAACAAACAAUGAAAAAGAUUAAUGAUGUUCAUCGACAACACCAUCAACAACAAAAUAUCACUGUUCAUCCUUUAGUUGUUGUUGCAGAUCAAUUAAAUCGUUUAUUAUCUCAUCAAUUCACUCAAACUGAUCAUCGAGUCAAACUAUCAUCAACAUCACCGACUGAAUUAACAUCGAAUACUAAUGAUUCAGUUAUUUUAAUCAAUGAAUGCCUACCUGGUGGUGUGAAUAAACUCAGUGAUCAUUUAGGCAAAGAUAUUGUGACAUUUUUAGGAAUUACAGUUGUGAUUAGUGGAUUUCUUUAUUCAAGUUUUCGUGCUUCUAUGCAAGCAAGACGUUUAGGUAUUCGAACACGACGUGAACGUUUGAAAACCCUCCUACCUCAUAUUCAUGGAAAUAGUCAAUUUAAUAAAUCCCCAACUUUCAAUCAUAACAAACCAAACCAACAUUCUAAUCCAUCUACAACCGAUAAUUUGAAUCAAUCUCCAAUAUGUCUUAUGAAUUAUAAGGAUGUAAAACGACAAGAACGUGCAUUAAAUCUACUUGCUGACGCUGUGGCUGAUUUACCUAAUCCAAAGGUUUUUCGUAGACCUUCAGCACGUCAACCUUCAUUAAACUUACAAGCACAUAAUACAACCGAUAUAAUAUCUCAGAAUAUAGGGAAUAGUUUAGGCAAUUGCAAUGUACCGAAUACAAAGGACAAGUCAUCUUCAUCUUGUAAUCAUGAUGGUACAAACAAGAAUCAUAAUGCUACUACUACUAAUACUACUGUAACUACUGGUAAAUCUACUUUACGUGUAGCAUCGUCUGAACCGGAUUUAACAAUUACUAUGCGAAAUUAUUCACGUCAACGUGGUGAUAUUCGAGAUUUAGACUGGUCCCUAAACAAUAAUGAUGAUGAUGGUAUAAAAAAUAAAAAAUCAUCAAAGCAUAAACCAGUUAAACGAUCUCGAGAGCAUUCAUUAACUUCAUUGAAUCGUCGAAUUGGUUAUUUACGGCACAAAAAACUUAAACGAUCUAAAAGUCAAUUGAAAUCAACUAAUGACUAUCAGAAUAAUGAUAGACAUGGUAUUUAUAAUUUGUUAACUUUUAAUGAAACUGAACAUAACGACAAUGCAGCAUUGAAUGAAAUUAAACCUCCGAAACUUCAUUUUAAGAAAAAACUUCAAAAAACCUGGCGUGAUACAUGUCGUUUGAAUUCACGUGAAAAACGAAUUGUUAAAGAAUUAUAUUUAUUUAGUGCAGAUAGUCUCCCUGAAAAAGUUGGUCCAAACAUUUACUUAUCUGUUAGUCCAACAACAAAUAAUCCUAUACCAAUGUUAACUAAUGUUGUUAGACGAUCACCGUUAACUAAUAAAUAUAAUCCACAACCAUUAAAUUUAUCAACAAAUUCAUCAUCCAAUCAACAACAACAACACCACCUGCAUUCAACUCACGAUGAUGAUGUUGAAAAUUCUGUGCUGACAUCACCUAAUCAUUUAAGAUAUCGUCAAGCUAGAUGGGCUAGUGAAAUUGUAUUGAAUAAACGUACCAGUGGAUUAUUUAAUGUAGAACCUGGACUAGCUAAUUCAUUACGUUUCCUUGGAACUAUGCUGAAUACUGCUGCACCACGUGAUGGUUAUACAAUGUAUAAUGAAGCGAUUGCAUCAGUUUACUCAUAUCCAUGGUUUCAUUUCAUCUAUGCUUUAGCUACUCUAUAUCUAAUGACUCAGUUAACUAAUUGGUACAAUCCGCAAAUUUCACGUGUUGAUACUUUAUCAGAAUCAUGGGCAAAUAUGUGGAUGAAAUUAGCAUCUAGUUGGUUAGCUUUGAUAUUGUAUGCAUGGACUAUUGCUUGUCCACGAUUGUGUAUUGGUCGAAAACUUGGCGCAGUUCCAUUUACACCUCGUACACCACGUGUUAAAACUUCACAAACUGUGCCAAUUGUUUAGAUAGAAUGUUUGUGUAUGAAAGAGGAAAAAGAAGGAGGGAGCUGAUCAAUCAAACUUAUGUAUGAAGAUCAAUCUUUUCUAAACGAAAAAUGAUUUCCUGUGAUAUUUUUUGCAUGUUCUUCUUUUUUAUCAUGUGUCGACACAAUUAAAAUUUACAAUUUCAAGUAUUAUAAUAUCAGAUGCGUAUUUUAAAUUUUUCAUUUUUCAUAAGACAAUUACAGAAUUUUCUUAAUAUGCUUCCAUUCAAAGUGAUUCUACUGUCAAAUAUAAUAUUAUAUAUUUAUAUAUAUGUAAUGAGUAAUUGGACGACAUGGAACUCAAAUUCAGGAGUUCGUUGAUGAAAUCAUGUACCCAUUAUUUUGAAGUAUGCUAAUAUUUAAUUGUAUUUUUUUAAAAAAAAAUGGAAUUUCAAUUUGAAUCUAAACUAUAAUUUUUUUUCUAUCGUUU